UUUGGCUGCGAAGGUGUAGCAGCGGAUGGUCGUGCCGUCUAUAACGAAGUCAGCUCAAUGCUACGACGUAAGGAAGCGAGGUUCUCGACUCGCUGGACAGACUCACCGCCUGGUUUGGCCGUGGGGGAGGGUCAGCCCAGAUGGAGCUUGUGAGGGACAUGGCGGCGAUGUUCUUUGGCUUGUUUGUUGUUGUAAGAGUCGAGGCGCGUGUUGAGUGGUGGACGAAUUGAAGAAUACUUUUAAAGUAGUACCCAACACGGACGGCAGGCGCCAGUGGCCACGACAACGCGACGGCAAGAGCCCCAGCAACCAACGUGGAGAGCUGUGUGCAUGUCAACAAUGGAAGAUAUAGCAUUCUUCGAGGCUCAACAGGAAGAAGAAGACGAAGAAGAAGAAGAAGAAGAAGAAGAGCAGCAGCGAGAAGGCAUGGAAUGCUUCAGUCACACGCAAGGAACAGUGGCACUAUCUGGCAACUCUUCACUGUUCAGACCGACGUGCACUUCCAUUCAGACCCAAUGGAAGGCCAGGUAUAGAUCUAUACUGUACCUUACUGUAGCAUCAUCUGCACUGCUCCGAGCGGCGUCACGUUGUCCCUGACACCGUGUCGGAACAACGCACCCAGAAUCGCAAUACCGGCACACAGUCACUCCCCUUUCUCCCACUUGCUAUGAUCUGUUGCGCGUGCGGCGAAUUGUCCCAUCAACGAAUUGUCGGCGACCGCAUCGCAUUCACGGAGAUCAUCGCACUGGACCUAGCAGCCAGCCAAGCCAAAAGG